UCACUUAAAAUAAAUUAACGAAUAGUUUUUAAUUUACAGAUAAGAAAUGGCUAUCAAGAAAUUUGUGUUAAUAAAACGUGUGAAUAAUGAUCGUGAGGAGAUUAUACGAUCGAAGAAGGUUUAUUUACAAGCACUUGUUGCUGGCUCGAUUAAAUACACCCAAUUGACAGAACUAGAAUACAUUGACGAAAAUCAAAAGUUUGUUUUGUUUAAUGAGCGGAAAAAGAUUAUUCAAAUCCAAAUACUUGCUAAUGAAGAUUCAGAAGAAGAUUUACUACCACUUUGUUCGAAUAACAAACGACCAACAAUUCGCAAGAACUACUCGGAUAGUCCAGUCGCAACUAAAGUGUCUAAGCGAGUUCAUGAUAAAGCGGAAGAAGAGGAUUGUAUAAGAGAAAAGAAAAGAUUGUCGGAUGCUAAGCAACAUGUAGUCGAAUCAAGUGACCACUUGUAUCUAUCAGAUCCAGAGGUAAUAAUUAAUACGAAAGCAAAAUUGUAUUAG